UAAUAUUAACUAGAAGAAGAAGAAGAAGAAAAAGUGUAAAGAAACAAAUUUUACACACAAUGCAUAUAAAUUUGUGGAUAUUUUCAUUAUGGGCGAUAAUUGUUCACAUAUUUAGUUGGCAACGGCAAAACUAUGUAACGGCAACCGAUCAAUAUCAUAUACAAACCGAUGAAGGUCCUGAACGUUACUUUCGUUAUCAAACACACAAUGGACAAUUUCGGAAAGAGAAGAGAUUACAGGAUGGUACGGUGAUUGGCACAGAGGCUUGGAUCGACGCGGCUGGUUAUUUAAGACUUAAGGAUUAUAUGGCUGAUAAGCAAGGCUAUCGUAUUUUGAAAUCAAAAAUACUGUAUGUGGGCAAAGGCACAGAAAUUCAGGAUGCUCUAAAAUCUGCUAAAUCGAUUCCGGCGCAAUCGGGUGCAUUAGUGGAUGGGAAAGAGGGCCUGUACAAUCGACCGAACAGUAUACCCGCAUUAAGUAAAACAAAUUAUGCCUUUACGGGCAGUGCAAGUGGAAAAGAUUUUAGCACAACCGUAGAUCCACCGAUCUUAGGCUAUUUAUCACCAGAGGAAGCAGCCAAACUGGAGCCUAUAACAUAUUUAGGCUUCGAUCAUUAUCCCAAUGAAUUGCCGGUAGCUGCAAAAUUCAAGCUACGAACUAACGAUCAACUUAACGAUCAUUUAAAUCAGCAUAAUGAAUAUCGGGGCAGUGCUACAACGGAGAGAACGCAAUCAGCAGUGCCAUUACCCGUACAAGAAAUACGACCACCUUAUCCAAGUAAAUAUCGAAAAUAUGGAAUUGGAAUUGCAUCUGUCCCCCCUACGCCUAUAACAGUUAAUGAGGCGGCCUCGAAGUAUGGCAAAUAUUCGACGCCAGCGCCUUUUACUAAUGUUCCGACACAAUUCUCAACGACUGUCAAUUCUGGUUAUAAUUACGGUACACCGACGUACAGAUCCCCAUCUCAAACAACUGCUUCUCUGCCUGCGCACGUGAACGCAUUAUUGCCGCUCUACGAACGUUCCCGAUUGCCGCAAUAUAAUGAGAUUACGAAUACGCAACAGGGCUUCCGUUAUAUUUUGCCUCAUCAUUAUCAUGAAGAAUCUCAAAUUAAUGAGAGUAAAAAAGCCGGCAGUUUCGGUUAUGUUGAUCCGUUCGGCAUACGACGCGUAGUAUAUUAUAAUGCGUCGCCGGAAAAAGGCUUCAUACAUCGCAAUCGCAAUCGCUAUGUAGGCGUCGACGGUAUCCCAUUCGAUGAACCUAAGCUCACGGAGAGAGAGAGUGUGUGAAAUAUUUGCAAAAUGGGGAGUAAAUCAUAAAAAU